AUGCAGCUCCAUCACCUGCUCACGGGCUCCUAUACCAACACCACGCUCUUCCUUCUCGCCUUUGACAGUGUCUCGAGGACGUUGAGCUUGGAUUCCACAGUUCCGGGGUAUGGCCUGCAUCAAUUUGUGACCAGCAAUGCCGCUAAGGACCGUAUCUACGCAACUGCCAUGAGCGAGCCUCCGCACUUAUUCUCCUGGAGUGUUGAUGAAAACUUUAAUUUCAAGCACCUCGACACGGUCAACAUCACCUCUUCCGCCUGCUAUAUCUCCGAUAACGGCCAAUAUGCUUUCAGUGCCGGAGGACCUACCGCGCAUGUUCAUGCUCUUGAGCCGGAUGGCGGUAUAGGUCGGCUGAUUGAAGAGAUCGAUCUUCUACCAUCGGAAGAGAUUGGCAGAGUAGACAAAACGCGCAAUGCUGUGCUGUACGGGGCUCACGCGUUCGAUGUUAACGUCAACAAUAAGGCCUUCAUCCCUGACCUCGGGAUUAACUCCAUCUAUAUGUACGAUGUUGCAGCGAAUGGCUCUGCGAGGCUUGUGUCCAUCAACCUGAGCCCAACAGAUGGGGAUGGUCCACGCAAUUCCUAUUCUAGUAAGGAUGGAAGACUUCUCUAUGUGAUAACGGAACACACACAGUGGCUUGAUGUUUAUGAGGUUGGAGAUACCCAGCUGAAACACGUACAGCGUGGCAGCGCCAUACCAGACAAUGUGCGCGGCAAAUUCACCUUCCGCGGGAAUACUGUUCAGCCGUCCCGAGAUGGUCGAUAUCUUUUCACCUCGAGCCGAAGCUGGAACAGUCCAGGUACAAAUGGAUAUGUCGCUGCCUUUGCACUGAACGAAACAGGCUACCUGGCAGAAGAAGAAGCUCUCACCUUUUAUGAAGCCCCUGUUUCUCUUGGAUCAGCAGGCGGUCUUCGGGUUGCUCCGUGGACUGAUGAGACCAACUGUGACCCGAACGGCCUGACAGACUACAAGUACCUGAGUGACACAUCGGAGGGCUGGAUCUUUAUUUUGGGCUGGACUCCGUCGAAUACGUCUUUGGGCCUUGUCGCGUCGUAUCGGUACACUGACAACACAACACCGUACGAGGCGACCUGGCUAGAUUAG